AUGUUAAUCCAUUUAAAAGAAUUUCUAAUAAUUUUCGCAACCAUUUUGGUUGCCACCAACGCCCUCACAACACCAUGUAAAUUGCGUGAAACUGCCGAAGGUGGUGUGUGCGUUUGUAAUGCGGAAUAUUGUGAUUAUUUGGAUGAUCCGACACCAACAAGUGAAGUUCAAUAUUCGCUGGUUUCUUCUUCGAAGGCCGGCUUGAGAUUUUCCACAACCAGUGGCCUUUUUAAUCGCUUCAGUAAACAAUUCGUUUUGGAUUAUGAUCAACUUCCUCGUCAACAAAGUGAUAAUAUCAGCGUGGAUGUUAGUGAACGUGCUGCCACCCGCACUGUCAAUCUCGAGAUUAAUCGUGAGAAGCAAUAUCGUAAAAUUGUGGGAUUUGGCGGCGCCUUUACUGGGGCUGUAUCAUAUCUAUUGGAAAAAUUACCACAAGCUCUGCAGGAUCAUUUAUACAGAUCCUAUUAUGGCGACGAUGGUAUUGCCUAUAAUUUAAUACGUAUGUCCAUUGGCGGUUGUGAUUUCGAUUUAGCACCCUGGGCAUACAACGAAGAACCUGUCAAUGAUGCCAAAUUGAGUAAUUUCACCGAUUUGGAUCCACGCGAUCUAACCAAGGCUGAACAAAUUCGACGUCUCCGAAAUGUGGCGAAUCCGAAAAAUUUACGCAUUAAGGGUGCGGCAUGGAGUGCGCCACGUUGGAUGAAAACAAAUGAUCGUUGGACGGGAUUUGGUCGUUUGAAAAAGGAAUAUUUCCAGACCUGGGCCGAUUAUCAUUUGAAAUGGUUGGAGGUAAUGGAGAAGAACGGAUUACCCGUAUGGGCCAUUUCGACGGGUAAUGAGCCCAUGAAUGGCAUAUUCUUUAUGUACUUUGUCCGGUUCAUGAGUAUGGGUUGGCAUCCACUGAGUCAGGCGGCAUGGUUAAGCGAUAAUUUGGGUCCGACCAUACGCAAUUCGAAAUAUAAGGAUUUGUUGAUUUUUGGUAAUGAUGAUCAGCGUUACACCUUUCCAACGUGGUUUAAGAUGAUGAAAUUGGCCCGCCGUGACAGUUUGAAUUAUUUGGAUGGCUUUGCUGUCCAUUGGUAUUGGGAUGAGAUUUUCAAGCCCUCCUUCAUAGAUAACACCUUGGCCUUGUAUCCGGAGAAAAUCCUCCUCAUGACCGAGUCAUGCAUUGGCGACAAACCAUGGCAGAAAUCUGGCCCCGUUUUGGGUUCCUGGUAUCGUGGUGAAAAAAUGGCUCGGGCUUUCUUGCAAAAUCUGCAACAUGGCUACAAUGGUUGGAUUGAUUGGAAUUUGAUUUUGGAUGAAAAUGGUGGUCCCAAUUAUGUGGAUAAUACUGUCGAUGCUCCCAUCAUUGUGGAUUCGUCGAAUCCCAAUGAAAUUUUGAAACAACCCAUGUUCUAUGCCAUGGGUCAUUUCUCGAAAUUUAUACCCGAGGGUUCUGUGCGCAUUGAUGCCCUGCGCAGUAAUGUAAAUAUUGAUAGUGUGGCCUAUUUGCGACCAGAUGGUUCCAUUGCAGCGGUGCUGUUUAAUAGCGGAAAUGUCCCGGUGGAAAUCAAUAUCAUUGACAGUGAACGCGGAAAUUUAGCAAGUUCUCAAUGUGAUCGUUUGGAAACCAAGUUUGGCAUUGUUUGCCGAUGUUCGGCAGAUCAUUGCGAUUAUUUGGAAGAACCUAAGCUUCAAAAUGGUACAUCGUGGAUAAUGAUUUCAUCGAGUAAGGCUGGUCUACGGUUCUUUCCGACAGAAGGAAGCUUUGGCACACAAGCUGUAACAAAUAUCGAAGAUUAUUCCAAACAUGAUUUGCCGAAGGGGUUUAAAUUUAAUCCCGAUGCUAUAAUGGUGAAUGAUCGCAAUUCAUUGGGAAAAAUAUUCGGUUUUGGUCAUACAAGUGUAUUUUCAUUACCCGUUCGAACACAAAAGUCCUCUGCAUCGAUAACGAUUAAUCGAAAUAAAACAUAUCAACAAAUCGUUGGAUUUGGUGGCGCCUUAACAGGUACUGUUGCCCAUUUGCUGGACCAAAUGAAUCCUGAAUUGCAGGAUCAUCUAUACAAGUCAUAUUACCACAAAGACGGCAUUGGUUACAAUAUGUUGAGAACAUCAAUUGGUGGUUGUGAUUUUGAUCUGGAACCCUGGGCCUAUAAUGAAAUACCUCAAAAUGAUCCAAAGCUAAGUAAUUUUACACAACUUGAUAUGCGUGACCUUUUGAAAGUAGAACAAAUUAAGAGACUAAAAGAGGUUGCCUCAGUCGACGAUUUAAAAAUUAUGGCAGCCGCAUGGAGUCCACCGCUAUGGAUGAAAACAAAUAAUAAUUGGACUGGUUAUAGUCAUUUGAACUCGAUAUACUAUGAAACAUGGAUGAAUGUUAGCAUGCCUGGAUCGUUGAAAUAUUUGGAUGGUCUGGCGGUACAUUGGUAUUGGGACGAUGUGUUUGGUCCUGAACUUAUUGACAAAACGAUGAAAACCUUGCCCGGCAAACUUCUAUUCAAUACCGAAUCAUGUGUGGGAGAUAAACCAUGGCAAACCCAUGGCCCGGUGUUGGGUUCCUGGGAGCGUGGUGAACAAUAUAUUAAAGCAUUUCUGCAGGAUUUACAGCAUAACUUCCAUGGCUGGAUAGAUUGGAAUUUGCUGCUGGAUGAAAAGGGAGGUCCAAAUUAUGUUAACAAUUUUGUUGAUGCACCCAUUGUCGUGAAUACCACCAAUUUUUCCGAAUUCUAUAAACAACCCAUGUAUUAUGGCAUUGGUCAUUUCUCGAAAUUCAUAUGGCCCGAUUCGGUGCGGAUCGAUGUGAAAGUGUCUAGUCUGCAACAGUCCAUAGAUGCUGUGGCAUUUCAACGCAUGGAUGGUGUAAUUGUUGUUGUCAUAUUUAAUGGUGCAUCAAUUCCCCAGGAUAUUAGCCUAAAUGAUGGCAUUCGUGGCACCACCAUUGUUAAUGUACCCCCUCGAUCAUUUCAUACAAUGUUGUAUAAAUGAAUGAGCUGAAUUA